AUGUCAGGACUCGAUGUUGAGGCUCUCCUAGAUUCUACUGCUGCGGAGGAAGUCAAAGACGGCGCAAAACAUGAUGACGACCGUCAUCGUAGCGACCGUUCUGAUCGGCGCGAACGAGAGAAACACCGUGAUGGCUCCCGAGAUCGCGAUAGGGACCGCAAGCGACGUGAUCGAAGCCGUGAACACCGACGAGAGCUAGACGAUGACACAAAAAGUCCCCGCAGCGACCAUGGUAGCGCUAACGGAAGUCACAGAAGUAGGAGGAGGAGUCGCAGCCGGGACGAAGAGAGAAGACGCUCCAAGAGAGAUGAGGACCAUCAUCGUCGACGAUCGAGGUCUCCGGAUGCUGAACGCUAUCACUACCGGCCAGGAGGGCGAUCUAAGCGGGACGACGAUGAUCGACGGGAUCGCGAUCGGGACCGACGACGCUCGGCAAGUCCCAGAAAACGUGUCAAGAGCAAGACCCCUGAGCCACAACUCACUGAAGAUGAGCGUGAUAGGAGAACAGUGUUUGUUCAACAGCUUGCUGCCCGUCUCCGCACCAAAGAAUUGAUCCAGUUCUUCGAGAAAGCGGGUCCCGUUAAGGAGGCACAGAUCGUGAAAGAUCGAGUCAGUGGACGAUCCAAAGGGGUUGGCUAUGUCGAGUUCAAAAACGAAGAGUCUGUACCACUUGCGAUCCAGAUGACCGGACAAAAGCUUCUCGGCAUCCCCAUCAUUGCCCAACUCACUGAAGCAGAGAAGAAUCGACAAGCGCGCAAUCCAGAAGCCAGCACUGGACAUCACAACUCCGCUCCCUUCCAUCGACUCUAUGUUGGUAACAUCCAUUUCAGCAUUACUGAACAAGAUUUGCAGAACGUCUUUGAGCCUUUUGGUGAAUUGGAGUUCGUUCAACUUCAAAAGGAUGAGACCGGACGGAGCAGAGGCUAUGGAUUUGUCCAAUUUCGUGAUCCGAAUCAAGCUCGUGAGGCUCUUGAAAAGAUGAACGGUUUUGACCUUGCAGGACGACCGAUUCGAGUCGGCCUCGGUAACGACAAAUUCACUCCCGAAUCGACUGCAAAUCUUCUCCAACGCUUCCAAGGACGGGAUCCGCCUGGCUACCAAGGGUCUGCAUUUUCAGGCUCAGGUGGUCGUGGUGCUCCGGCCGGCGGCUCUGGAGGCACAUUUGACCGCGCAGGGGGUCGCGAUAACGAAAAGGGCGCUGGCAAUGCAAGUGCACUGGACGACACGGACGUGGCCGGUGUGAACUUCAACAAUUACAGCCGGGAUGCGUUGAUGCGGAAACUUGCUAGGACAGAUGACUCGCCCGCCGAAGCCGAUCCAAAACGAACUGUCUUGCCUAAAAAGGAAAGCAAGCCUCUUCCAGUCAAUGUCAGCCAGGCGAGCAGAUGCGUUCUGCUUCGCAACAUGUUUGAUCCUGCUGAGGAAGAAGGCGAGAAUUGGGUCAAAGAACUCGAGGACGAUGUUCGUGCCGAAUGCGAAGAAAAGUAUGGCCAUGUUGUUCACAUUUCCGUCGAUCCGAACACACAAGGCGACAUUUACCUGAAAUUCGACCGUGUCUCCGGAGGCGAGAAUGCCAUCAAGGGCCUCAAUGGCCGAUACUUUGGCGGUAGGCAAAUUAGCGCACAGCCAGUCGUUGACGCCGUCUACAGCAGUUUGUUUGCGAGGACCAAAGCUUUGUGA